ACUCAUUCUGCAUUGGGACUGACUGUUAACGGAAUGGCGAUGAGGGAGUGUGUUAUGCUGCUCUCACUCGUGCUGAUCGCACUGACUCUUCAAAACACUGUGAAAGCAGAGGAUGGACCUGUCUUGCAAACCAAAUCUGGGGUCCUUAAAGGAUCACACAUGAAAGCAAAAGGAAAGGACACAGUCGUCCAUUCGUACCUGGGCAUACCGUUCGCCAAGCCACCCGUGGGUUCAUUGAGAUUCGCUCCACCCCAACCUGCAGAGAAAUGGUUCGGAGUGAGAGAUGCUACAAAACAGCCGCUCAUGUGUCUGCAGGAUAAGCAGGUAGUUGAAGACUUGAUGCGCAAUUUAUCUAUGAAGAUGGAGGUUCCUGAUGCAGCAGAGGACUGUCUUUACCUCAACGUCUACACACCUUCUAAACCUGGAGCUAAUGACAAGUUGCCUGUUAUGGUUUGGAUCCAUGGUGGAGGUUUAUCGGUGGCCUCUGCGUCCAUGACUGAAGGACAUGUUUUGGCUGCCUAUCAAGAUGUAGUUGUGGUCCUGAUUCAAUACAGGCUUGGCCUACUUGGAUUUUUUAGCACGGGAGAUGAACAUGCGCCAGGAAACUAUGGUCUUCUGGACCAGGUGGCUGCGCUUCAGUGGGUCCAGGAGAACAUCCACAGCUUUGGGGGCGACCCUGGAUUAGUGACCAUCUUUGGAGAGUCUGCUGGAGGAGUCAGUGUGUCUUUACAUGUUCUAUCACCAUUAUCUGCAAACCUCUUCCAUCAUGCUAUCGCAGAGAGCGGUACUGCAGCAAUGGAUGGUCUCAUGAGUCCCAACCCUCUUGUAUUAGCUCAGGCUGUAGGAAGUGUAUCUGGCUGUGAUAUUUCCAGCACGAAGACGAUUGUUGACUGUGUGAUGCAGCUGACAGAAGAAGACAUCUUGACUAUUGCUAAGGGGCAUCCAGAGUUUCGUUUUGGAGUGACAGUGGAUGGCCAGUUCCUUCCAAAAUCUGCAGCAGAUCUUCUUCAAUCCCACCAGUUUAAUAAAGUGCCUCUGAUCACUGGAAUCACUAAUGAUGAGUGUGGAUAUAUGCUGCCAAAUUUCUUUUCAGCUCCAGAAUGGACAGAUGGGAUGGACAUUGAUCAGAUCAUGCCGUUUUUGACCGCUUUUAAUCCUUCUCUUCAAGAUCAGUCAAUUCUUGAGCUUGUUUUAAAUGAGUAUCUGGGCACAUCCCCUGACCGGAUCAAAAUACGAGAUGGUUUUCGAGAGAUGAUAGGAGACUUUAUGUUCAACAUCCCAGCUCGCAAAGUAGCGAACUUCCACAGAGAUGCUGGUGCACCAGUAUACGUGUAUGAAUUCCAGCAUGCUCCCAGUCUACUUCAAAAGAAAAGACCCAGUUUUGUUGGAAGUGACCAUGGAGAUGAACUUGCAUUUGUUUUUGGUUUAUGCUUUGCAGAUGGAGAUAUAAAGCUGGAAGGCGAGGUCUCAAAAGAAGAAAAUGAACUUUGUAGAUCUGUCAUGGAUUACUGGGGCAACUUUGCUCGCACAGGGUCUCCGAAUGGUCCGGGCCUCACAUCGUGGCCUGCAUUUGGAGCUGAGGCUGAGUAUCUCAGCAUUGGACUGGAACAUAAACCUGAAAAGGACCUGAAGGGAAAACACUUUCAUUUCAUAACUCAAACCCUUCCACGAUUAAUAAAUAAGCGAAAGGAAGGACCUGUAGUGCAAACAAAAUUAGGAUCUCUAAGAGGUUCCUUCAUGACUGCGAAGGGCAAGGACACUGUUGUCAAUAGCUAUUUUGGUGUACCGUUUGCAAAGCCACCCGUGGGCCCCCUGAGACUGGCUCCACCACGACCUGCAGAACCAUGGCAAGGAGUGAGAGAUGCAACCAAGCAGCCAUCAAUGUGUUUACAGCCAAGGGAGAUAAUUAUAGAGUUCAUGGCUAAUGUGUCUAUCAAUUUCGAGAUCCCUGAAGUAUCAGAGGACUGCCUUUACCUCAACAUUUACACUCCCUCUAAGCCUGGGGACAACACCAAGUUGCCUGUCAUGGUUUGGAUUCACGGAGGUGGUUUUUCUGUGGCCUCUGCUUCCAUUUUUGAUGGACAUGUUUUGGCUGCUUAUCAAGAUGUCGUUGUAGUCUUGAUCCAGUACAGACUUGGCCUACUUGGAUUCUUCAGCACAGGAGAUGAACAUGCGCCGGGAAACUAUGGUCUUCUGGACCAGGUGGCUGCGCUUCAGUGGGUCCAGGAGAACAUCCACAGCUUUGGGGGCGACCCUGGAUUAGUGACCAUCUUUGGAGAGUCUGCUGGAGGAGUCAGUGUGUCUUUACAUGUUCUUUCUCCAUUAUCUGCAAAUCUGUUUCGCUAUGCUAUCGCAGAAAGCGGUACGGCAGCAAUGGAUGCUGUCAUGAGUCCCAACCCUCUGCCAACAGCCCAAUAUAUGGGAAAUUCAUCUGGCUGCGAUAUUUCCAGCACAAAGAAGAUUGUUGACUGUGUUAUGCAGAUGUCAGAAGAGGACAUAUUAAAGAUUACUAGGGAACAAUUUAUGCUUCGUUUUGGAGUGACGGUAGAUGGCCAGUUCCUUCCGAAAUCUGUAGAGGAGCUUCUUCAAUCCCACCAGUUUAAUAAAGUGCCUCUGAUCACCGGAGUUACUGAUGAUGAGGCUGGAUAUGCAUUACCUAAUAUUCUUGGACCCCCUGGGUGGAUAGAUGGAUUGGACCGAGAGCAGCUCAUGGCAUAUUUGCCUCCAUUUAAUUCUGAUGCGAUUGCUGAGUUUGUUUUAAAUGAGUAUCUGGGCACAUCCACUGAUAGGAUCAAAAUCCGAGAUGGCUUUCGAGAGAUGAUGGGUGAUUUUUUGUUCAACAUCCCAGCUCGCAAAGUAGCGAAUUACCACAGAGAUGCCGGUGCACCAGUGUACAUGUAUGAAUUCCAGCAUCCUCCCAGUAUAAUUCAAAAGAAAAGACCCAGUUUUGUUGGAUGUGACCAUGCAGAUGAAGUUUUUUUUGUUUUUGGUAACUGCUUUGGAAAUGGAUUUCUAAAUAUGAAAGAUAUACACACAGAAGAAGAAAAUGAACUUAGUAAAACUGUCAUGGCUUAUUGGGGAAACUUUGCCCGCACUGGGUCUCCGAAUGGCCCGGGCCUCUCAAAGUGGCCUGAAUAUGGAGCUGAGGCGGAGUAUCUCGGCAUUGGAAUGGAACAGAAACCUGGCAAAAACAUUAAGGGAAAACACUUUACUUUCAUGACACAAAAACUUCCACAGAUAAUAAAAGAGUGGAAUGAAGGACCUGUAGUGCAAACAAAAUUAGGAUCUUUAAGAGGUGCCUUUCUGACUGUGAAGGGCAAGGAAACUGUCAUCAAUAGCUAUCUCGGUGUACCGUUCGCCAGGCCCCCAGUGGGGUCCCUGAGACUGGCUCGGCCCCAGCCUGCAGACAAAUGGCAAGGAGUGAGAGAUGCUACCAAACAGCCACCAAUGUGCAUUCAGGACAGGCAAGUGAGUGUCGUUGAGAUGGAGUUUCUCUCUAUGGAUGUGGAGAUUCCUGAGGUCUCGGAGGACUGUUUGUAUCUCAACAUCUACACUCCAGUCAAACCUGGUGAAGAAGACGCCAAGUUGCCAGUCAUGGUUUGGAUUCAUGGUGGAGGACUUACUUUUGGUUCAGCUUCAGUGUACGAUGGCUCCGUUCUGUCAGCGUAUCAGGAUGUGGUCGUGGUGCUGAUUCAGUACAGAUUGGGACUGCUGGGAUUCUUAAGCACAGGAGAUGAACAUGCGCCAGGAAACUAUGGUCUUCUGGACCAGGUGGCUGCGCUUCAGUGGGUCCAGGAGAACAUCCACAGCUUUGGAGGAGAUCCUGGAUCAGUGACCAUCUUUGGAGAGUCUGCUGGAGGAGUCAGUGUGUCCACGCUGAUUCUUUCACCAUUGGCUUCUGGUCUGUUUCAUCGAGCCAUCGCAGAAAGCGGGAAUGCCUUUUGGCAUGGUUUAGUGAUGGAUAAUCCUUUGCUGAUCGCCCAGAAUGCAGCCAAAUCAUGCAACUGUGACGGUAGCAGUUCAUCAAAGAUCGUUGACUGCAUCAUGGGCUGGUCUGAAGAGGAAGUUCUGGAAUGUUCCAAAAAGUUCGAGAUGAUGCACUUCAGUGUUGCCGUGGAUUCUCAUUUCCUUCCCAAGCCUGUAGAGGAGAUCAUUCAGAAACAAGAGUUCAGUAAAGUUCCUCUCAUCACUGGUAUUACUGAUGAUGAGUUUGGCUAUUUACUGCCCACAUAUUUUUUCGCUCCUGGGUGGAUUGAUGGGAUGGAUAAAGAGCAAACCGCAAAAGCCUUGACCCUGACUUAUCCUGACCCCAGGGAUCGGUGGAUCAUUGACCUGGUGGUAAAGGAGUACGUGGGCCACACAAACGACCCCAUUCAGAUCAGAGACAUUAAUAGAGAGAUGAUGGGGGAUGUGAUUUUUAAUAUCCCCACCCUCCAACUGGCACAACACCACAGCGCCUCAGGAGCGCCGGUUUACCUGUACCAGUUCCAGCAUCCUCCCAGUAUGAUCCAGAAGAAAAGACCCAGCUUUGUUGGAGUCGACCAUGCGGAUGAACUUUUCUUUGUUCAGGGAAUCUGCUUUGCUAAAGCUCAUCUCAAAGCAACCGCUCCUUUCACAAAGGAAGAGGAAGAGCUAUGCAGGACUAUGAUGGCCUACUGGGGGAACUUUGCACACACCGGGUCUCCGAACGGUCGGGGUCUGACACACUGGCCUGAAUACGAGGAUGAAGCCGUGUAUCUCGGCAUUGGACUGGAACAGAAACCCGGCAAGAACCUGAAGGGAAAACACUCUGCGUUCAUGACCAAGACGCUUCCAGAUCUAAUUCGACAAGGCCGAGAGAAAAGAGAGCACUUGGAACUAUAAAAAGAAUAAAACAAAAAAUCUUAAUCUUGUCAAAUGAACACAAAGCACUUAAAUGUAUGAAUAACACAAAUUACUAUGAUUGUAAGAAUUUAAAUGUUAACCUGUGAAAAUCAAAUAAGCACUGAUUAUAUUUUGAUUCUAAAGUUUGAAUUUGAAAGAAAUCAUUUGAUAAUUAACCAAGUCAUUUUUAACUUUAAUCUGUUUAGGACUUCAAAAUAAAAGUUGGACAACA